AUGAUCCGGAACGGGCACGGAGCUGAAGGCGCCAUGGACAGGCCAGGCCCCGAGGGCCGACGCGCCGUGCGGGUGUGGUGCGAUGGCUGCUAUGACAUGGUACAUUAUGGCCACUCGAACCAGCUGCGCCAGGCACGGGCCAUGGGCGACUACCUCAUCGUGGGUGUGCACACCGAUGAGGAGAUCUCCAAGCACAAGGGCCCCCCUGUGUUCACCCAAGAGGAGAGGUACAAGAUGGUACGGGCCAUCAAGUGGGUGGACGAAGUGGUGGCUGCAGCACCUUAUGUCACCACGCUGGAGACCCUGGACAAGUACAACUGUGACUUCUGCGUCCAUGGCAAUGACAUCACGUUGACCGUGGAUGGCCGAGACACCUAUGAGGAGGUGAAGCAGGCAGGGAGGUACAGAGAGUGUAAACGCACCCAGGGUGUGUCCACCACUGACUUGGUCGGACGAAUGUUGCUGGUGACCAGGGCACAUCACAGCAGUCAGGAGCUGCCGUCCGAGUACCGAGAGUACGCAGACAGCUUUGGCAAGCCCCCUCACCUGCCACCUGCCAGGGAGACACUUUCCUCAGAAUGCUCCUCCCAGUGCCCAGGGGGUCGAAAUCCCUGGACGGGGGUGUCCCAGUUCCUGCAGACGUCCCAGAAGAUCAUCCAGUUUGCUUCUGGGAAGGAGCCCCAGCCAGGCGAGACUGUCAUCUACGUGGCUGGCGCCUUUGACCUCUUUCACAUUGGGCACGUGGACUUCCUGGAGAAGGUGCACCAGCUGGCGGCGCGGCCCUAUGUCAUCGCGGGCCUGCACUUUGACCAGGAGGUCAACCACUACAAGGGGAAGAACUAUCCUAUCAUGAACCUACACGAGCGGACCCUGAGUGUCCUGGCCUGCCGGUAUGUGUCUGAGGUGGUGAUCGGGGCCCCCUAUGCAGUCACCGCUGAGCUCCUGGACCACUUCAAGGUGGACCUGGUGUGCCAUGGGAAGACAGAAAUUGUGCCCGACAAGGACGGUUCUGACCCAUACCAGGAGCCCAAGCGGAGGGGCAUCUUCUGCCAGGUGGAUAGCAGUAAUGACCUGACCACUGACCUCAUUGUCCAGAGGAUCAUUAAGAACAGGCUAGAGUAUGAAGCAAGGAACCAAAAGAAAGAGGCCAAGGAGCUGGCCUUCCUGGAGGCUGCUCGGAGGCAGGUGGAGAGUGACUGUGACCUCUGA